AUGUCUACUAAUACUAAUAAAGGAGAAAAAAAUAAAGUUCCAGUCAAACCUGGUCAAGAAAGUAACAAAGAAGUAACUUCUACCUCUGACUUCCUUUCAGAUCCUAAAAUGCACUUUGUUGAGGCGAUUGGUAAAUGGACUUAUACAAAUGACGACGGAGUAACCUUACAGUUUGACGAAGAUCUGCAGCAAUGGACUCAAAUCGAUGAGGAUCUUUUGCUUAUACUUCAACAAUCUGCUUAUUCAGUUCCUGGUGUUAACGAAAGUGAGCCCGCUGUCCCUUUAAAACGAGGCAAACGGAAAAAUGAUGUUUAUACCUCUAACGAUACAGAACAAGAUUCCAAAAAGCAAAAGCAAAAUAGUCAAAAGAAAAAACCCGUAAACACAUCUGUUUACGUUACCGGUUUACCCCCCGAUGUCACUGUUGAAGAAUUAGCUGAAGUAUUUUCUAAAUAUGGAGUUUUAAUGGAAGAUCUGGUUGCCGGAGGACCAAAAAUAAAACUUUACAAGGAUGAUAAGGAUCGAUUAAAGGGAGAUGCUCUUGUUACUUAUUUAAAAGAAGAAUCUGUUGCAUUAGCUUGUCAAUUGUUGGAUGAAACACAGCUUCGUCCAGAGGAAGUUUCUGUAAUACGCGUACAAAAAGCACAAUUUAGAGAGAAAGAACCAAAACCAGAUGCAAAUCAAAAUGAUAACAAGUUAGAUAAGAAAAAAGUUCAAAAGAAAUUGCAUCAACUUGAAAAGAAAUUGGAUUGGUAUGAAUCUGAACCCGGGAAAAAAGCUGAGCGAUAUAAUAAAAUAGUAAUUUUGAAGCACAUGUUCACUUUAGAAGAAUUAGAGAGCGAUAUUACUUUACUCUUGGACUUAAAAGAAGAUAUUCGUGCAGAAUGUGAGAAAUUAGGAGAAGUUACCAAUGUGAUAUUAUAUGACAAAGAACCGGAAGGAGUAGUGUCUGUAAAGUUUAAGGAUCAAUUAAGUGCUGAUGCAUGCGUAAUGAAAAUGAAUGGACGAUUUUUUGCUGGUCGUCGUAUUGAAGCAGAAAUAUUCGAUGGCAAACAAAAAUAUCAAAAGACUAAUGCGAAGUCUGGAGAGACUGAAGAAGAAGAAUCUGUACGACUAGAAAAGUAUUCUAAAUGGUUAGAACAAGAAGUUUAA